AUGUCGUCUUCUUCGAAUGGUUGCCGCCCUCAUCACCCCAAUCACCACUGCCCACACUGCCCCCUCCGCCGUCACUGCCACCAUUGCCCUCUCCACAACAACAACCCUUCUCACUUCUCCUCCCACAAUUUCACUUCUUCUCCUCUUCAGACUCAAAACCUCCCUCCUCUUGCUCAAAUUUCACAAGAGCCGGAGCAUAUUGUGUUUGAUGGUGUUGAAGAGGAUGAUGAACCCGUUUUUGUUAUGACCGAUGAAUGGAGAGAGUUCUUUGCAAAAUCUGAAGCUAGGAGGAAACUAGAUUGCACUAACAUCCAAAACUUAAUCUCCGGUGUGGUGUAUCUGAGUUUAAAGAAGAAGCUGGCCAAGAAGGGGAAAAAGUAA